AGGGGGAGGGGCCAGCGUCCAGAACAGCGCUCAGUGCUGCCGGAGCGACUCAGGGACGAUCAACAGGGAGCGCGACCGACGACGGAGCUUUGAACUGAGGGUAUGAGAGCUGCCAGAAUCCGCUCCCAUCCUCCUCCGGCCGGACUCGUGUCCGACUGACAACCAUCGGAUCAGAAACUCCACUUCUUCGGCUGUCGGACCCGCCUGAUAUCUGUGACACCUUGCAACCAUGGAGCUGAGAGUGGGCAACAAAUACCGGCUGGGGCGAAAAAUUGGGAGUGGUUCCUUUGGCGACAUUUACCUUGGUGCCAACAUCGCUACUGGUGAGGAAGUGGCCAUCAAGCUGGAAUGUGUGAAGACCAAGCAUCCACAGCUGCACAUUGAAAGCAAGUUUUACAAGAUGAUGCAAGGAGGAGUGGGUAUUCCAUCGAUAAAGUGGUGCGGUGCAGAGGGAGACUACAACGUGAUGGUGAUGGAGCUGCUUGGCCCCAGUCUGGAGGACCUUUUCAACUUCUGCUCCCGGAAGUUCAGCCUAAAGACUGUACUGCUUUUGGCAGAUCAGAUGAUCAGUCGCAUUGAGUAUAUCCACUCCAAGAAUUUCAUCCAUCGCGACGUGAAGCCAGACAACUUCCUAAUGGGGCUCGGCAAGAAGGGUAACCUGGUGUACAUCAUCGACUUUGGUCUGGCCAAAAAAUACCGCGAUGCCCGCACACACCAGCAUAUCCCUUAUAGGGAGAACAAGAAUCUGACUGGAACAGCUCGCUACGCCUCCAUCAACACACAUCUUGGAAUUGAGCAGUCAAGACGUGAUGACCUGGAGUCUCUAGGCUAUGUCCUCAUGUACUUCAACCUGGGGUCCCUCCCCUGGCAGGGCCUAAAGGCUGCAACCAAGAGACAAAAGUAUGAACGAAUCAGUGAGAAGAAAAUGUCGACUCCCAUUGAAGUUCUCUGCAAAGGAUAUCCUUCCGAGUUCUCCACAUACCUUAAUUUUUGCCGUUCACUCCGUUUUGAUGACAAACCAGACUACUCCUACCUUCGCCAGCUCUUCAGGAAUCUGUUCCAUCGACAGGGGUUCUCUUAUGAUUACGUCUUUGACUGGAACAUGCUCAAAUUUGGCGCCAGUCGGACAGCUGACGAUGUGGAUCGGGAGAGGAGGACGGGGGAUGAGCGGGAUGAACGGAUCGGAGGAGGCCCCAGGGGGUCUGCGUCGCGGGGCCUCCCCCCAGGCCCCACCUCCGGGGCUCCCAACAGAGUCAGGAAUGGGCCGGAGCAAGCCAUCUCCAACCCAGCCUCACGGGUCCAGCAGUCUGGUAACACAUCACCUCGUGCAAUUUCUCGUGCAGAGCGGGAGAGGAAGGUGAGCAUGCGGUUACAUCGUGGAGCUCCUGCUAAUGUAUCGUCCUCUGACCUCACAGCCCGUCACGACCAGUCAAGAAUUUCUACGUCACAGGUCAGCGUGCCAUUUGAGCACAUGGGGAAGUGAAAUUCCUAGGCUCUGCAUGUACAUGAAAAUGACUGGGCUGCAAGGAAUACUUGUCGCUGUUUCUUUUUUCUUUUUUUCUUUUGAUUGUUAAUGAACAUGUCAGUCUUUGCUAAGAGACAUUAAAUUUUUCAAGUACUCAAAAUAUGUGAAAGUAUCCAACAUGCAUUCUUACAUGGAUCCUCUUUGCUGAACCCUGGAUCACAACCACCACGACACAAAAAGCAAAUGACAAUGCUGCACCUUGAUAGUUGCUCAUUCCUGUCCUCCUUUUUUCCUCAAAACAUUCCCUCAGUCCUCUAGCAAAUGUGAAGAACUGUUGGCGUCACAGGAGCAAAAAGGUAUCGGGAACGUGCAUUGUCUUUCAUGUCAAAGGGUGAUAUAGGCUCAUAAAUUGUUUCACUUUUAAUUCAGGCAAGUGAAUUUUUGUUGUUACCUUAAUUUUUCAUGUUUAAAUUUGAGUGAAUUUGCUUUUACUUUUAUUUUAUUUUUUAUUUUUUUUAAAGGGAUAACAGCUAAAUUAAAAAUGAGUAUCUGUAGCUGAAAUGGGGAUAUGUAGGUGAGAAGUUAGUGGACGACAAGAAAGGCAACUUUAGAAAGGAGAAGUAAGUGAUGUUUUAGCUGUUGUAAUGUUUUUGGUGAAGUCAUCUGUUUUGUGUCAAUUUACUGCCCCUCAAAACAUCUAAAUAUUAUGCACCCUUUGUCUGUUUUGAAUUGUUUUAUUUUAAUCUUGGUAUGUAAGGUACAGUAUGAUUGAUAUGGAAGGACACACUCCCAAAUCUUGAGGGAAGCUCCUCAGGAAAUUCUCAGCAUACUGAUAUUUGACCAGAGACCAUAGGUUUGGUUGCAAUUUUUAUGAUAGAUCUUAAUGUUACUUUUUUUAUUCUUUUGUUAUUGGACACUAAAUGGGAGGGGGCAAGCUCUUUUUCGGAAUGACGUUUGAAGGGUGGGGCAUUGGUUUCUUAUUUUUUUUCCCUUUUGUUUACUCCACUGUAAAUAUAAUUUUUUUUUUAUUAUUAUUUCAGUGUAAAGCCAAAUGUGGUUGUUGUAAAGGUGUAAAGUAGAAAAAUGCAUACUAAUGACUAAGUAGGGUCUGAACUCUGUAUUGGGGGGUAUUUAAAGUACUAAACUGUGGGAUGGGUGACUUUUGCUGUGCCACCUGGGUCAUUCAGUAAUUUGUGUGUUUUUGAAUGCAUUUGUGUGAAAGAGGGGAGAACAAUAAAACAAUUUCUGUAUGCAUGUGAUUUUUUUUCUUUAUCUGUUCUAUUUAUCCAAGACUGGUUUAUUUUGUAACUUAUGACUUUAUUUCUUUUUAUGCCCAUCUACUACAUUACAAUAUUACAAUACUUCAGACUUGGAAGUAUUUCUUCUGCAAAAAUGAGAUGUCACCUUUUUGGAUUUAACCUUAUGAAGCUCGCUCAGAAGAAAAGGGUGAAUGAUGGAAGUUGUGUGGAUGUGUGUGGCAGUAUAUUGUGUAAUUACCUUUUUGUACAGAUCUUCAUGACCCAGUGGCAUUGUAACUAAGUUUCGGGGUGAUAUACAAGAGGAUGCAGCAAGCGGAUUUCACUUUGUGUAUUGUGUACUGAUAUCCUGUACAGUUCUUUAACACACUUUGACAGUAUUUGUGUAUAUUUUAUGAAGUAAUAAAAAUUAAUAAUAUUGCUGACACA